GCGGCGGCGCGCGGACUGGUUGACUGUGCUGUAGUUUCUCCGAGGAGUUGCUGUGUUUCCCGCGUGUCUGCUGCUGGUCAGUGCUCAGUUAGUGCACUAGUUAGUGUUCAGUUCGAGCACUAGUUCAGAGAUGUCCAGCUGUGGUGUACCGUGAGCAUGUGAAUGCGGGGAUCGCGGCAGGAUGAGUGUGUUUCUCCGGCUCGGGUUCUGCUUUCUGCUGCUCUUCUGCUGCGCUGCUCCUCAAGGUCCAGAAUGUGGAGCUGGAUGUCACCGACACCACGGGUUCUGUGAGGAGUCUGGAGAAUGCAGGUGCAGGUCUGGCUGGCGAGGUGCAGUGUGUGAUCAGUGUGUUCCCUCAGCUGACUGUGUUCACGGCUGGUGUGAAUCUCCCGGCGAGUGUAUCUGUGAGUCCGGCUGGAGCGGCGCACGCUGUGAUCGAGAUGUUCGUCCGUGUUCAUCACAGCCCUGCUCUGGAGACUCCAGAUGUGUGGACGCUGCAGGAGGACGAGGACACGUCUGCAUCUGCACUGCUAAACACUGCCGCACAGAGGAGACGCACUGCACAGUCAACGGAUCUCUCUGCCAGAAUGGAGGCUCCUGUGUGACCACUAGCUCCUCCUCCAACACAUCUAGCUCCUCCUCCAACACUAGCUCCUCCCCCAGCUCCUCCUCCUGCCUCUGUCCGUCUGGGUUCACCGGUCCUCUCUGUGAGCUCCAGUCUGCCGUGUGUAAGUCCAGUGUGUGUGUGAACGGUGGGCGCUGCGUCCGGCGUGGUCUCUCCUACAGGUGUGUGUGUGCGCGCCGCUUCAGCAGGCCGUCCUGUGAGCGGCACAGGCCCAGAGUAACGGCGCCGCAGCAGCACCACACGGCGCUCCACAAGCCGCUGCAGACCCCCGGCGCUCUGGCGUCCCGCAGCCAGCUCAUCUGCUUCUCUGUCCUGGCUCUCCUCACGGUCCUCGUAAUCCUGGGCUCCACCGCCAUCGUCUUCUUCCAGCGCUGCGAGGUCUGGAUGGCCAACGUGAGGUACAGGCAGCUGGUGGCGCAGCAGAGAGAGCUGAUCCAGGACCAGGCCACGGUGAACAUCAUCCUGCCCGAGAAGAUCAAGCUGAGCAGCUACAGCAGACGCUACACCUCCAUCUGAGCCGCUGGCUGGAGGACUGCACCUAACACACGUGCUGUGGGACUGUUACAGUACCUGUCCAUGUGUACAGAGACUAAAACACAGGACAGACAAACAUGGUGUUCAGUGACCUUACAGAGAUUACUAUAGUAGUUUACAGGAGAUACUGCAGUGUGUGUGAACCAUACUAUGAUCAAGUGUAGAGAUUAUAGUAUUCACUACUCUUUGUUAUCGAACGCUCCAGCAUACUGUAGCAUAAACUACAGUGAACUGAUGAAUACUGUACUUUACUGUCGUUUUAACUACGGUAAACUCUGGUCUAUUAUAGUAGAUUGUACCCUGUAGUUGUAGAAAACUACAGCAUUGGGUCAUUUGUGUAAAUUACUAUAGUUGUGUUGCCAUAGCAACUGUAGAAUCACCACAACAGAUCGAUUACUAUAGUUGUGUUACCAUAGCAACAGUAGAAUCACCACUACAGAUCAUUUACUAUAGUUGUUGUGUUACCAUAGCAACUCUAGAAUCACUACAGCAGAUCGAUCACUAUAGUUGUUACCAUAGCAACUCUAGAAUCACCACAACGGAUCGAUUUCUGUAGUUGUUGUUACCAUAGCAACUCUAGAAUCACUACAGCAGAUCGAUUACUAUAGUUGUGUUACCAUAGCAACAGUAGAAUCACCACUACAGAUCAUUUACUAUAGUUGUUGUGUUACCAUAGCAACUCUAGAAUCAGUACAGCAGAUCGAUCACUAUAGUUGUUACCAUAGCAACUCUAGAAUCACCACAACGGAUCGAUUUCUGUAGUUGUUGUGUUACCAUAGCAACUCUAGAAUCACUACAGCAGAUCGACUACUGCAGUUUUUGUGUUACCAAAGCAACUCUAGAAUCACCACAGCAGAUAGAUUACUGUAGUUUUUGUGUUGCCAUAGUAACUCUAGAAUCACUACAGCGUAUCAAUUAAUAUAGUUGUUACCAUAGCAACUGUAGAAUCACCACAACAGAGCGAUUAUUGUAGUUGUUGUGUUACUAUAGCAACUAUAGAAUCACCACAGUAGAUCGAUUAUAUAGUUGGGGUGUUACAAUAGCAAUUGUAGAAUCACCGCAACAGAUAAAUUACUAUAGUUGUUGUGUACCCGUAGCAACUGUAGAAUCACCACAACUGAUUGAUUGCUACAGUUGUUGUUACCAUAGCAACUGUGGAAUCAGCGCAACAGAUCAAUUCCUAUAAUUGUUACCAUAGCAACUGUAGAAUCAUCACAACUGAUCGAUUGCUGCAGUUGUUGUUACCAUAGUAACUGUAGAAUCAUCACAACUGAUCGAUUGCUGCAGUUGUUGUUACCAUAGUAACUGUAGAAUCACUGCAACAGAUUAAUUAAAACACUGCACUGUAAUAUGGUUGAAACACUACAGUAUUUACUAUAAAUUAUUAUAGCGGUUUUAAUGUGAUUUUGCUAUUGAAAUGUCUUAAACUGGACACACUGAGGGACUGUUAGUGAUUUUAACACUCAGAUAUUUUCUCUGUGUUUUUGUUUUGUCUUUACGCCCACAGACAUUCACUGCUGAAGCUAAAUAAUCAAUAUUAUUACGUCUUGUUUUCUGAAAGAAAUCUUCUUAAUUAUGUGAUCUUAUAACUGAAACAAGUACAGAUAUCUGCCAGUGUAGUCAGAUGAGUUAACAGGUUUUCUCUGUUAAUGAUGCUUCUCUGACUCCAUAUGCAGAUAUUUACUCUUGCUCUAUUCACUGAUUUCCUUUUUAACUGUUUACUUUUGUUGUUGUUUCUCCAGUAAUUGUCUUGGUUUAAGAAGGUUGAGAUAUUUGUACUGCAGAGGAUCAUUUUGUAACCAGUGCAGAUAUUUAGAUGUGAGCAGAUGAUUAAUGUAGCACUAAUGAAUAACCCUGUUUUCACUCGGUGAUUCCCACUGUGUGUCUGCACUCACUGUGCUUUAGCUCAGUCACAUUAAUCACAAACAUGCAUUUAAGGCAAGACACUGCUAGUAAAAACCCCUUUAUAUUCAUGCAGGUGUCUGUGGAAGUCACUUAUAAUACAGAUAUUAUUAAUAUAUUAUUUAAAAGAAAUCCUGGAGUUAGACAGAUCUGCACUGCAGCAGUCCUCACUGUACAUUCACUGUUAUUCAUAUUUCUUGUUUGAAGUUUUUAAUGACAGAGGGAUAUGUUCAUACAGAAUUUGCCUAAUU